UCAUAACAUCAGGGAAGUGAACUGUGUAACUUAGCGGAGGCAACGCAAAGGGACUGUUUUUAUGAAAGCCUCUUAUAGGAAUUACUCGCACCGCAGUGAUGUCCUGGUAGGGUAACACAGGCUAGAACCAGCGUUAAGUUGGUUUUAACUCAACUCAAGUGUUAAUAGAGGCCGUAAAUGUAGCUUUACGAAGAGGAGGGGGGAAGUAUUACGACAUCAACCUGAGCUUCCUGAACUGAAGUCAAGCUAGGUAACCUAAACCUACACCCGCAGAGGACGCCGAAGGUGAAAAACACAGCUCAGGAAAAGGUUAACUAACAGUCCGACGUCGUAAGCUAUUCUUAUAAGACAAUUCGUAUUAACUUUUGGUAAAGCCUAGCGGAGUUUCGCCAUGUCCCUGGCCGACCAGAGCCAGCAGUGGUUCCCUACGAGUGUACAGGUAACGGUGCAUCAGGCUCGGAACCUUCGCGUCAAGGGUAAGAAUGGCACCAACGACGCCUAUGCCAUCAUCCAGGUGGCCAAAGACAAGUUUUCUACCUCCGUGGCUGAGAAAAGUGUCGCUCCGGUGUGGAAAGAAGAGGCUUCGUUUGACCUGCCACUCUUCCACCCGGGAAACGCUGAACGCUGCACACUGUACAUCAUAGUAAUGCACCGUGCUCAAGUGGGGCUCGACAAGUUCUUGGGUCAAGCUGUGGUAAACUUGCUGGAUCUUCAUGACAACAAGUCUCGCAAAAAGACAGAUUGGUUCAAGCUGGUGGACAAGACGGGGAAAGAGGACAAGGCGAGAGGGGAGGUGCUGCUAGAUAUCCAGUUUAUGAGAAACAAUAUGUCAGCCAGCAUGUUUGACCUUUCUAUGCAGGACAAACCGCGCUCUCGCAUCUCCAAGCUGAAGGACAAAGUCCGUGGGAAGAAAAAGGACGGCUUCUCUGACUCUGCUUCAGCCAUUGUCCCCUCUGUCAGCCAGGUCCUCACUGACAGUGAGGGGGAGGCUGAUGCACAGUCACUCAGUCAGUCUCCAGGGGUGAAAAAGAAAUCAAAGCUCAAAACCCUCUUUGCCCCCAAAUCAAACUUGCAGCGUAACAUCUCCCAGUCCAUGUCUACACUGGGGACUCUUCCCGAGAAGAACUCAUCUCUCAGUGGCAGCCGCUCAUCUGGCCUCAAUGUAGACUCUCCUGAAGUUAAGAAGAAAUUCAAAUUUCUGGGGCACAAGCGAACGGGCAGCUCUGACAGCAAGGUGUCUCAGGGUCCUUUCUCCCUACUGGGUCGCUCCAAGCAGAGCAACAGUGACCUGAACAACCUGUGCAUCAAUGGCAGCCAUGUGUACACAGAGGAGGCAGAGACCAAGAGUGGAUCUACACUCAGUCUGAACAGCUCAGGCCAAGGCUCUGUAGAGGAUGUCCGGAAACACACCUCUGAUGUCUCUGCAGAUUCCUUUAAAAGUAUACCUGUCCCCACCUACAGGCGUGAGUCUACAGAUAGAGCUAUACUGGAGCAACAGCGCCAUCAAGAGGAGGAGGAGAGAAGGCAGGCCGAAGAAAGGCGCAUAGCAGAGGCAAAGAGGCAGGAGGAAGAGGAGAAAUACAGGGCUGAGGCAAAGAGACUGCAGGAGGAAGAGGAACGCAGAUACCAAGAGGAACAAGAGAGGAAGAGACGCUUCCUUGAGGAUGAAGCAAGGAGGAAGAAACAGAAGGAAGAGGAGGAGGAGAGAAGAAGGCAGGAGGAAGAGCGCAGGAUGCUGGAGGCAGCAGAGAAUCAGAGGCUUGAGGAGGAGCGUCACAAAGCAGAGGAGCAGAAACGACAGGAGGAGGCCUCCAUGAGCGACAGGCUGUCCACUCUGUUUGGAAUGAUCAGAAAGAAGGAGGAGAAAAAAGAGGAGGUGCAGCAACAUCCUAAAGAGGAGCUAACUACAGCAGCCCCUCGCAGUGACUCAAAAGAUCCCAAUCAACCGAUCUCCCACCACUCCACCAAUCCAUUUGAGGACAUUCCCCUCAGCUUAGAGCCUACAGUUAGCACUAAUGAAAGCCCAGCUGAUCAUCUGAAAUCCAGCCGCAACCCACAAACGCCCUCUGCCACAGUCUUCCUCAACCGCACCGCCAAAGUGUCUGCGGUCAAACCCAGAUCGGGUCAGUCUCUGAAGUCUGAAACUGCUGACUGCCAAACCCCCAGUCAGCUAUGUCCUUCCCCAGCCACCUCUGAGUCCACCCUUUAUAGUAUCCCAUCUCAGUCCCCUGAUAAUUUCUCCGACCUCCACUCUUCCUUGGCUCCGUCGAACAUUAGUCAAAGCCUGACUGGUCCCUCCUGUGGCAGUACAGAGAAUUUGUCAUCUUUGCAAUCUGUGGGAUCUUCACCCACCAUGUCGGACAAGAGGAGAAAAGCCCCCCUACCACCCACAUAUGGGAACCAAACUGGAGGAAAUCAUGUCCCUGUCAGAGAAAUCAAGAACCCUGCGUAUGUAGAGGCAGAUGGAUCACAACAAGUCAAAAAAACAUCUCUCCCACUUCCUGAUUAUGAAACCCUCUUUCCACAGAAGAGGCAUGGAGUGCUAGGGCACACUCGAUGGGAUCAUAUAAUCGCUGAGGUUAAUCAGAGACACAGGGAUGCUCCACCUGAGCUUAUGGGUCCAGAGAUGAGUGUGGACAGCCCAGAGGAGCAUGAACCAAGUCCUAGGUCUUCCACAUCACGAGAGAGUCCUGUUAUGAGGCGCUAUCAAACACAGCCUCAGGAGACCAAACCAGUAUCAUCAAAAAAAGUACUGGCACCAGCUCCCCCUAAACCAGUCACAUCUCCACGUUCUCAGUUAGUGGUGGAUUCUAGUCAAAGGCAAAGCCAGAACAUGUCUCACCAAUCUGUCAUGAGGCCUAAUCCAUCUACAGUCCCAGGAUCUGUAAACACUGACAUCACAAGCAGAGAAAGUCUCUCAGGGAUGUCCAGGGAUGGAGCAAGGAAGGUGUUGCACCCAUCACCUGCAGCAACAUAUGCACUCAGACCAAGUAGCCCAAUGGAUACAACUCCAGCAGACGAACAAAGGAAAGCGCAGGUCUCCAUGAACAACGAAGCACCCACAGCCAAACCUAGACAGAGGGUUAGCGGCAGAGAGCCAACACAGCAACAAGAUUCUGCUGUAACACCAGACAAAAGUAUAAACAGUAACACCCAAGCAUUAUUUAAUCAAACUGUGAGCAGCAUGGACAGAAAGAGCAGGCAGGCAAAGGAGAACUUUGCAGAGUUUGACCCAUUCCCCAGCACUGAGCUUCUCUCCAAAGACCCAUGGGCACAACUGAAGCAGAACCAAGAAGCAGACGACCUUUUUACUGGAAACCAAGAGAAAGAGCAGAAACCAGAGGAUCAGGGAAUGACACCAGAUGACCUUGAUAAAAUUUUUACUCAAGAGAAGCCAACGGAUCCCUUUGCUAGUUUCAACAGCAGUGACUUAAACAAACACAGUGAAUACGGGAAAAAAGAUGAUGAUUCAAAGCAAGUUAGUCCAGUUUUCCAAAGGAGGAAUUCACAGAGACAGAAACAGAUCCUUCCGCCAAAAGGUCACUCAGAUAACAAAGGUUCCAAGUCUCGACAAGAACCAGCAUUUAAAGAGAAAACAACCAUAAACACAGCUAAUCAAGGCCUCCCCGCAAGAGAUGCCAUGAAUGAGCCUCAAGCUGAUGUGAAAACACAAAGUAAUUUUUAUGGAGGAGAGGAUCCGUUCGGAGGUGAACCUUUUACUAUCCCCUCUAGCUUGACUUCCUCAGAGCCCCUCCAGACAGUUAUGGAGGAACCGGCAGGAGGUUUGUCUGGGGGGAAGUCUCUAUUGCGAGCAUGGGUCUCACCGUCUGAAGUACAGCCUGUCAAUGCUCAGAAUAGCAAUGGAGUUGGGCUAGCCUUAACUCCACGCAGGCCUCAUCCUGUGAAGCCCCUGACCCCAGUUGAGAGCCAGCAUGCCACCAGCACCCAAGCUGUGAAAGAGAUAAAGGUCCGCGACAGCACACCAGGGAAGAUUAAGGUGGCAGACUCGGGUGAAAGUGGCCCUUACACUCAGCUGACCCAGGAAGAGUUGAUCACACUGGUGGUGAAGCAGCAAACGGACCUAUCCAAAAAGGACGCCAAGAUCAUCGAGCUUGAGGAGUACAUCGACAACCUGGUGCUGCGCGUCAUAGAGGAGAAACCCAGCAUCCUGCAAGCCCUAAGCUCUUCCAAGCCAGUGUAAGGUAAUGGUUGCUGGAAGGAAAUAGUCCCACUAAAAGACCCAGCUUUGUUUCAUGUGUGAGUUUGUACUGUUGACACUGUGUCCUGAGAGACACCAUCUCUAUUAAGGUCUUAGAGCAUAUGCACUUUUUUAGUUUCAGAGUCAGAUUUGUUUGAGAAUGCUGGAAUAUUGUCUCUGAACUAAUAAUAAUCAUUGAUUACUUAAUAACAAGCAAGUAAAAAAAAACUUUAUAUAAGUAAAUGAAUGUAUUUGUUUUGACACUAAGGUACUGGAAUUUGCUUUUUAAAAAACUUGUUACCUGAAAAUAUUCAACAUCUUGAUUUAUAUACCAUACUUGAUUAAAUUUGGGUUGAGCUUUACUUAAUAUACUUAAUGCAGAGAAAAGUAUAGUUUUCUUAAACUAUUCUCCAGCCUUUUUUUUACUCUUUACACUGGGCUUUGUGUAGAUUACUACUGUGUGAUGCAUGAACAUACAUAACCUUACACAACCAUUCCACAUUCAUGCACCAUCUUGAUGAGGUAAGAAAUAGUUCUCACAUUAUUUGCAAUAAAGUGUUUAAUUAACUUACUUGCUGGUAGUAACUAUCAAUUCUGACCUUAUCAAGCUGAGAUUGUUUAUAUAAGUGCAUGUCAACUUUUCCCUCCACCACCAAAGUCUUAUUUUUAUAUUUUCUUCAUUGAUCCUUUUGGCAAGCAUGUAUUUUUUUAAACCAGACAAUUAACAACAUUCCUCACCUGUUUCACUCACCACAGUUGAAUGUCAGCUGGUCGUCCAGUCCUUAAAAAGAUAUUGUGCCUACUUUAACUUCUAAGAGGUGUUAGUUUAGAAAACCAGCAACUAAUAAAAUCAAGUAGCUACUGUGUACUGUACAUGCUUUGAAUUACACAGUAGUUACAGCUGUUAUUUUUUCCUUUAUAUGGUGGUAAUGUAGCCUGUGCACUUGGUUGAAAAAAAUAUGCAAAUAAUAGUACAGAAUCAAACUCUUCUAAUAAUAAUGUAAGAUUUUGAUCACUGUGAUGUUUGUGCUGUAUUUAUAAAAUAAAAAUCCAACAGAUGAUCAAAAACUAAUCAUCAGUGGAGCAGUAAUAGAUUCAGUAUCAGUAAUAACCAGCCUUGUCUUUGUAUUUGAACUACACUAAUGAAUGAAGCCCGCAUCUAUGCCUUUACAUGAUAAUACUGUUUGAUGUCUUGGCAGAAAUUAUAGCAAUAUUAAUCUUCAGAGUGUACAGACCUGUGCCUUCAGAACCUUUUUCAUGACUUUUAUGUUUGCUGGAUGGAGGGUUGUUGGCUACCUCUCUUCUUUUUCUGGAGUGAGAGCAAUAAGAAAGUAAAGAAUGUACAGCCUGAUGUAUCAAGUGUUUGUAGGACGUGAAAAUAAUAACUACAGUCACUGUAAAACUUAUGAAAGGAGUGAUGCUGAGCAAAAUAUGGUUUUAUUUGAAAUAAAGACACUAAUUAUUUCAUCA